UCUGCCUCCCAAGUGCUGAGAUUAAAGGCGUGCACCACCACGCCCGGCCCCAACCCAGAAACUCUUUCAGGGAGUUUCUCUAUGAUGUCAAUAGCAAAUCUGGUAUUGAAAAGCUGGAAACACCAGUGGUUAUCAGAGAAGACAUAAGACAGCACUCCAUAUGGACUAGGACAAGUAAUGAGGGUGCUUUCUGGGUUCUGGAGCUCAUGAUCCCUAGAAUAUGUUCAUUUAGAGAAGAAGAUGUAAAGAGGACCCUGGAUACCUCUAGGACAGCAGGAGAGUCCAUGGUCACUGUGAAGGAGGAUAGCCUCACCAAAAGGAGGGUCUGAGAAUGAGGUGGGGUCUGGGUCUCCAGGCAGAGAAGGAUAGUCAGAAGACAGAGGCCACUGGAUAUGGAACCUGAAGAGGGCCCUUGUCAUGUAGCAUUACUAGGAUGCUAGGGGCAUAAGAAGAGAUCUGCCUGGGCCAAACCUCCCACCACUCUCUAACUUGGUCAGAAGCCAAGUCCACUCUGCAAAAGAACAAAUGAUGUCAGAUGGGUUCAUGGAAGGGCAGGAGAGGCAAAAAGGAGAGGGGGUAGACUAAGAAUCAGCCGCUGACCCUCAGGUCUGCAUUGAGGGGCUGUGCCUGGGAGCCUAAAAGGCCUCAAAGGCAUCCCAAACCCCAAUGUCUAUCUGGGUUUCCUUCAAGCCCUACCAUGGACCGCUGUGGUUUCCUCCUGGCGCCUCUGGUCUCUGACAGCAGUGACUCCCCCCCAUGCUGCACUAAUGGCUCAGCCUGGGCCCCCAGGGACCUCCCCUGCCCCCCCAGACUGCUCUGCUUGCCCCCCAGCCCCCCUCAUGCUGAAACCUAAUCCUCUGCAGCAGCUUUAGCUCAGUCCUGCUCUGCAGCCCCUGCCUGCCACUACCUCCUGCGCCCUACUUGGUCUUUACUGCAGAGACCCAGCCCCACGGAGUCAACGCCUGUCUGUUCUGGGGAAGGCAGAGCUGACCGAAGUUCAACUCAUCCAGUCCUAUCAGGCCAGUACUUUCACCUGUCUUGGCUCCUCCCGUCUCUACCUUCUCCUUCUCCUCUCUCCGCAUUCCUUGUGAGCUACUCGAGUCCCAUUUCAAUCCCCACCACUACCCUGCUAGCCCUACAAAACAGCUUCUGCGCUCCUUAGAAAUCCUGUCUCCAGUCAGGAAACCUCCCUGCUCCAGCCAUGAAACCUCCCUCCGGACUGGAGGAGGCCCAGCGGCGACAGGCCUCAGACAUCCGGGUGUUCGCCAGCAGCUGCACGAUGCAUGGUUUGGGCCACAUCUUUGGCCCUGGAGGCCUGACCCUGCGCCGUGGGCUGUGGGCCACAGCUGUACUCCUGUCGCUGGCGGCCUUCCUCUACCAGGUGGCUGAGCGGGUUCGCUACUAUGGGGAGUUCCACCAUAAGACCACCCUGGAUGAGCGCGAGAGCCACCAGCUUACCUUCCCAGCCGUCACUCUGUGUAACAUCAAUCCCCUGCGCCGCUCGCGCCUCACACCCAAUGACUUGCACUGGGCCGGAACAGCACUGUUGGGCCUGGACCCUGCUGAACAUGCUGCCUACCUUCGUGCCCUGGGCCAGCCCCCUGCACCACCUGGCUUCAUGCCCAGUCCGACUUUUGACAUGGCACAACUCUACGCCAGAGCCGGCCACUCCCUUGAGGACAUGUUGCUGGACUGCCGAUACCGUGGCCAGCCCUGUGGGCCUGAGAACUUCACAGUGAUUUUCACUCGAAUGGGGCAAUGCUACACCUUCAACUCUGGUGCCCAGGGGGCAGAGCUGCUCACCACUCCUAAGGGCGGCGCUGGCAAUGGACUGGAGAUUAUGCUCGAUGUACAGCAGGAAGAGUAUCUGCCCAUCUGGAAGGACAUGGAAGAGACCCCAUUUGAGGUGGGGAUCCGAGUGCAGAUCCACGGCCAGGAAGAACCCCCUGCCAUUGACCAGCUGGGCUUCGGCGCAGCCCCAGGCCACCAGACUUUUGUGUCCUGCCAGCAACAGCAACUGAGUUUCCUGCCACCACCCUGGGGUGACUGCAAUACCGCAUCUGUGGAUCCCGACUUUGAUCCAGAGCCCUCUGAUCCCCUGGGUUCCCCUAGCUCCAGCCCUCCUUAUAGCUUAAUAGGGUGUCGCCUGGCCUGUGAGUCACGCUAUGUGGCUCGGAAGUGCGGAUGUCGAAUGAUGCAUAUGCCUGGAAACUCCCCAGUGUGCAGCCCCCAGCAGUACAAGGACUGUGCCAGCCCAGCUCUGGACGCUAUGCUGCGAAAAGACACUUGUGUCUGUCCCAACCCGUGCGCCACUACACGCUAUGCCAAGGAGCUCUCCAUGGUGCGGAUUCCCAGCCGCGCUUCAGCUCGCUACCUGGCCCGGAAAUACAACCGUAGCGAGACUUACAUCACGGAGAAUGUACUGGUUCUGGAUAUCUUCUUUGAAGCCCUCAACUAUGAGGCAGUGGAACAAAAGGCAGCUUAUGAAGUGUCGGAGUUGCUGGGAGACAUUGGGGGACAGAUGGGACUGUUUAUCGGAGCCAGCCUGCUUACCAUCCUCGAGAUCCUCGACUACCUCUGUGAGGUUUUUCAAGACAGAGUCCUGGGGUACUUCUGGAAUAGGAGGAGCUCUCAAAGGCGCUCUGGCAACACUCUGCUCCAGGAAGAGUUGAAUGGGCAUCGAACACAUGUUCCCCAUCUCAGCCUAGGCCCCAGGCCUCCUACCGCUCCCAGUGCUGUCACCAAGACACUCACUGCCUCCCACCGUACCUGUUACCUCGUGACAAGGCUCUAGACCUGCUUGGCUGCGCCGUGACAUCUUGGACAUGCCCAGGCUGUACAUCUUUGCCUUCUUUACCCUAAUAAAGCUCUAGUACACGUGC